CCUUCCCCCCUUAAAAAAAACAAACAAAUAUUUUAUAUCCAACUCAUUUUUUAUUGAAUCUAAAUCUCAAUUAUAUAAUUGUUGAAUUUAUUUCAUCAGAGAAUAUUUUUGACAUAAAUAAUUAGUCUAAACAUUGAAAUAUACCCUACUAUCAGUGGUUCUAUUGAAUAAAUAUAUUAUUUACAAAAUAUUCAACUAAUAUGAUUAACUAUUGGUUUCAACCCUUCUGUUGUUUGAUUGUUGGAUUUCUAAUAUUAACCAGUUAUAUUAAUUGCAUGGACUCAAAUGAUGAUCCUUCAGAUAUCAGUGCAGAUAAACGCUUUCUGUUAGCUUUACCAACACCUAAAAGGUUAAGCCAACCUUCAUAUACAUUUAACCGUUACAGACGUCCAAUGUAUGGCUAUGGCUAUAGACCAGAUUAUAUUGAUUCUGAUGAAGAUUUAUUCAAUGAAGAUAAAAGAUUUCUACUUGGUCUACCGCCUAAAGUUGAAUAUAAACGUUUUCUACUUGGUUUACCACCAUCACAUAGACAACAUAAAAGGUUCAUUUUAGGGCUACCAGCACCAACUAGAUUUCAUUCAUAAACGAAGAUAGUUUUAAACACGUGAAUGUCUACACACAUAUGCAAACAAAAAAUGUUACCAUACAUCUAUUUAUUCAUUAUUUAACAUGUCUGAAUAAUAAAUUAUAAAGAUGAA